AUGCGGCAGGAGUCGGCAGGAAGUGGUGCGGACAACCGAAUGCGUGGGUACGAACUUGAGAAGCUACCUGAGGCCAAGCAAGUUUCAGAACCUUUACUGCCUCACACCAGCGUCAGCAGGGAUGAACUGUUUUUGCCAGAUAAUCCUCUGUUCCUGACAGCACAUCUCUCCCCAGAAGAGAAGCGAGGGAGGUGCCACCUUGAUCCAGCUGAAGCAUUUCCAGGAAGCUUCUCUCUGGAUGCCACGUCGAGGCUGCCCUGCUGUAGCACAGAGCUGGUGAUUGCCGAGUGUGUGGACAUGGCUUUGCUCAGCAACAUCCUGGCGGCCUAUUCCUUCGUCUCAGAAAACCCCGAGCGCGCAGCUCUGUACUUUGUCUCCGGCGUGUGCAUCGGGCUGGUGCUCACUCUGGCCGCCUUGGUGAUGAGGAUCUCUUGCCACACAGACUGCCGGCAGCGUCCCCGGAAGAAGUUCCUGCAGGACCGAGACAGCAGCAGCGACAGCAGCGACAGCGACGACGGCAGCUCGGACACAGCGUCUGACAUCUCCGUCAGGAGACACCGCCGCUUCGAGAGGACUUUGAACAAGAACGUGUUCACCUCGGCCGAGGAGCUGGAGCGCGCCCAGCGACUGGAGGAGCGGGAACGCAUCAUCAGGGAGAUCUGGAUGAACGGCCAGCCGGAGGUGCCCGGGACCAGGAGCCUGAACCGCUACUACUAG